AUGAAGACUUCUCGACCUCUUGCCCUCUUCGCCUUGAUGGCCUUGUCAUUUGCUGAGGGAUUUGCUCCUCAACAAAAUGUUGCCAGAAAACAAACAGUGUCAGUCCAGGCUUCGAAUGAUGAAAGCAGUGUCGCAACGGGAGACUUUGUGAAAGGACUUGCUUUUUCGGCACUUUUGGGAUUUUCAAUGCUUAUGAAUCCACUGCCAGCGGCUGCAGACGGUCAAACUACAAAAUUCAAGCUUCCUCCUAUUGAUGUUAACGACAAGUCUCGUUGCUCCUUUAGCAGCAGCUCGAUUGGACAAGCCAAUGCAGCACGCGACAAACUUUAUGAUUUGCGCCAAUGUUCCCUGCCCAAUUCCAAGGCCCCCGGUUUCGAUCUUUCCGGCGUAAUCAUGACUGGUACCGACGUCUCGGGGUCCAAUUUCAAAGAAGCAUACUUUAGCAAGGCGUACCUCCAUGAGAGCAACUUUGAUGGAGCUGACUUCACCAAUGCCAUUGUCGAUCGAGCCAGUUUCAAGGGAUCCUCACUCAAGGGAACCAUUUUCACGAAUGCAGUAUUGACUGGAACAUCCUUUGAAGAUGCCAAUGUCGAAAACACUGACUUUUCCGAAGCCUACAUUGGAGACUUUGAUAUCCGAUUCCUUUGCAAGAACCCAACUCUCAAGGGAGAAAAUCCUGUCACAGGAAUGGAUACACGUCUCUCGGCGGGAUGCAAAAAUUAG